CGAAGCGGGAUUGAGAUGGGCGGAGCCCGGGAUGGGGCGGGACACACCGGACCGAAACGGGCUGGGACUGGGAUGGAUUGGGACGGACGGGGAUGGGGCGGGACACACCGGCCCGGGAUAGCCCGGGAGGGGCAGGACCAGGGCCGGGCCGGGCGAACCCUCCGCCUCCGGGGGCAGCGCCGGGACCCGCCCCGGGGGAGUGACCGGGACUGCGGGACCCUGAGGACACCGGGGCCCUGCUGCGCGGUCCGGGGCCACCAGUUUGCACUGGGCUGGACGGAGCCGGUGCUGGGGGGCACCGGGACAUAUCCGGGACGUACCCAACGCCCCGCUCCCCCGGCAGCGCUUCGCCUCGGUGCCGCGGUACGUGGAGAUGCUGGUGGUGGCGGACGAGACGAUGUCGCGGUUCCACGGCGCGGGGCUGCGGCGGUACCUGCUGACGGUGCUGGCGGCGGCCGCCCGCUCGUUUCGCCACGGCAGCCUGGGCAAUGCGGUGGAGCUGCGGGUGACGCGGCUGGUGGUGCUGGGCCAGGGCACCCCGGGACCCCCCAUCACCUCCAACGCCGCCCAGAUGCUCCGCAACUUCUGCCAGUGGCAGAAGGGGCUCAACGUCCCCGACGAGGACAGUCCCCUCCACUUCGACACCGCCAUCCUCUUCACGCGGCAGGACUUGUGUGGGGCGGCCACUUGUGCCACGCUGGGCAUGGCCGAUGUGGGCACCAUGUGCGACCCCGAGCGGAGCUGCGCCAUCGUGGAGGACGACGGGCUGCAGUCGGCGUUCACGGCCGCACACGAGCUGGGCCACGUCUUCAACAUGCUGCACGACACCUCCCAGCCCUGCCGGGAGCUGAACGGCGCCGCCGGAGCCGCCCGCCGGGUCAUGGCUCCCGUGCUCUCCUCGCUGGAGCCCGGCGAGAUGUGGUCACCGUGCAGCGCCCGCUUCAUCACCGACUUCUUGGACAACGGCCACGGUCACUGUCUCCUGGACAAGCCUCCGGAGUGGCUGCAGUUGCCGUCGGCGCUGCCGGGCAGCGUGUACCCGCUGGCGCGGCAAUGCCAGCUCGCCUUCGGGCCCGAGUCGCGGCACUGCGGGGACCUGCAGCCGCCCUGCACCUGGCUCUGGUGCACCGGCCAGGCCGACGGCCGCUCCGUCUGCCAGACCAAGCACUUCCCCUGGGCCGACGGGACGCCGUGCGCACCGGGACGCGUCUGCAUGGACGGGCUGUGCGUGGGCGGCGCCCGUGUGCGGGAGCUCACCACACCCGUGGACGGCGGCUGGGGGCCGUGGGGGCCGUGGGGCGGCUGCUCGCGGAGCUGCGGCGGCGGCGUCCGCCUCUCCCACCGCAACUGCACCGCACCGGUGCCGCAGCACGGCGGCCGGUACUGCGAGGGCAAGCGGACCCGUUUCCAGUCCUGCAACGUGGAGGAGUGUCCCGGCAGCACCCCCCUCACCUUCCGCGAGGAGCAAUGCGCCGCCUACAACAACCGCCCCGAGCUCGUCAGGGGGCUCCCGGCCCCCCAGGACUGGGUGCCGCGCUACAGCGGGGUCCCCGAGCGCGACCAGUGCAAGCUGACCUGCCAGUCCCGCACCCUGGGCUACUACCACGUCCUGCAGCCGCGGGUGAGCGUCGCCCCCGGUCCCCCCGCGCCCCGCGGUGCCGCCGGCGGGCGCUGACGCCGGGUUGUUCUGCAGGUCGCCGACGGGACCCCCUGCUCCCCCGAGGGCACCGGGGUGUGCGUGCGGGGCCGCUGCGUCCCCGCCGGCUGCGACCGCGUUAUCGGCUCCAAGAAGAAGUUCGACAAGUGCAUGACGUGCGGCGGCGACGGCUCCGGCUGCUCCAAGGUCUACGGCUCCUUCUCGAAAGCCCGCUACGGCUACAACGACGUGGUGACCAUCCCGGCGGGGGCCACGCACCUCUUGGUGCGGCAGAUCUCGGCGGUGGGUGGCGAGGACGUUUUCCUGGCUCUGCGGCGCCCGGACGGCGGGUCCCUGCUCAACGGCGGCUACGUCCUGGUGCCGUCCCCGACGGACGUGGCCCUGCCCGGCGGCGUCACCCUACGCUACAGCGGGGCCACGGCGGCCACCGAGACGCUGGCGGGCCGGGGGCCGUUGCGGGAGCCGCUGGUGCUGCAGGCGCUGGUGGUGGACGAGCGGCAGCCGCCGCGGUUGAAAUACAGCUUCUUCGUGCCGCGGGCACCGCCGCGGUCAUCGGCGGCCUGGGAGAAGCAGAAAGCCGAGAUCCUGGAGAUCCUGAGGAGCCGCCGGCGCCACAAGUAGCAGCAGGACGGAGCGAUGCCGGCGGCACCGCAGCGACUAUUUAUUUGGUUAUUUAUUGCCCACGGCGCAUUCGCGCCGCGGUCACCGCAUCUACCUCAGCCCCUUCGCGGGGCAACCCCUGGGCAGGCCCAGGGCCCCCCAUUUCCCCGCCCCGGCUGUACCCCCCCCCAGCGCAGCCCCCCGCACUGUCAUGUAGCGCAGCGCGGUUAUUUAAAGCUAUUUAUGGAGCGGCCGGUGUGGUGUGUGUGUGACCGGCCGUGCCAGGCGCGGCGACGUCCCGGGGCGCAGCUGCGGUCACCCCGCCCGCCCCGUGUGCUCCCAGCAUCCUUCCCCGGUGUCAUUGUCCCCCCCGGGUGCCACCAGCACCCCCUGCCCCCCAGGAUCGGGCCUCACCGGGCUUGCCCAGAACGGGACUUUACUGGGGGGGCGUGAGCGACCCCCUGGCCGGGGCACCCCCGGGGGCUGCACAUCCGCCACACGGUUCCACAGGGGGCACCCGGGGCUCCGUGGGGGGGUGGGCGCUCGCCGGGAUCGGCAGCCAGGGGGGGUCUGGGCGGCAGCGGAGGGA